AUUGGGCCCACGCGGUCCUAACGCUCGCGGGGUGACGCUUGCGUGUCGAAGCUCUGCGCUUUCAGGUCGCCUGACAUCAAGUAGCCCUCUAUCAUUUUCAACGUUCUGGAUGUAAAGAGUUACGUUUAAGGAAGUUGUUUAGGCGCGUGCCUAGCCCCUCGCAUUCUCAUGUCGCGUUCUACCGGCAUGCGUGCCCCAGGACUGACGUUCACGAAGAGUUUGAAUGGGUUACACGGUCCCAAACGAGCCCAAUUGUGCCUUCACAUUGUCUAUUAUCAAUUGCCAAUUUUCAUCAAGGAUCCUCGCGUAGUGACUACGGUGCGACCGACUGCGCAGCCCCGACUGCGCAGCCCGCCUGUGUGGACGGGGGUACUGAUCAAUAGUGAAUUUAAGCGAUGUAACCGUGGUCUAAAGUGUUUAUCAUUUAAGGAGUCGCCGAGGCGGGAACUAGCUCUGACGUGGACAUAACCCACAAGUUACGGCGGCACUCCAGACUCACACGGCGCUUACAGAUGGAGGUGCAAGGAGCUCUGGGGAAGCGCACCCGAACAGACAACAAUUGCGGCUGGGGCGCUGAGUACAAACAGCAGCCUUUGCAACGACGCGCGUCGGCGGCGUACGGUGCUGCGGCCACACAGCAGGCGGCGUCCGCGGACUGGGCGCCCUGGCCUGGCACGCCCGAGCACAGGCCUUCGGGCUACGAUGCGGGCGAGAUUCUCGAUGAGCCAGCGCUGGCGCCUGUUAUUGCUGUCGUGCCCGCCGACGCCGAAGGGCUGCGCGCGCUCAUAACCGCGCGGAACGCGGCCCUACACGCCCGCCUGCAUGACGCUGACCGGCGGUUUCAGGAGGGGAUGCGGCUGUGGAGCCAGCGGCGGCUCUGGCAUCGGUCCUGCUGUGCCAGCCGACGCAGCAGCAGCGGAUGUGCUGGCAGCAGCACCCUGCUUAUGACCCUGCUUCCGGCAGCCGCAGCGGCACAGGGUGUGAGCUCCAUCGCUGCGCCCCCAGCCGCUGCUGCUGCCCAGCCUCCGCACACGCCCUCGCCCGGCGUGCCUGCAAUCAGCCUGGCGGCACUGGUGGCCAGCGGUACACCCGCCACGCACUGCGGCGCAGCAUGCAAGGUGGCACCGCAUUCGGGUUGCAGGACAGUCGCCUCUGCUUUCCCCUCCAGCAGUGCUUGGGAGCCCCGCCGACGCACCUGCUUGGCCGACGCACAGCACGAGUUUCAGCAAACCCACAGCACAGCGGCCUCCGCCCCCAGCACUGCUGGUGGCGCCGCCGCCGCCGCCGCCGGCCGGCCCAUGGCGGGUGCCAUGAAUACCAUCCGGGCAGCGCCUGUGGUCUUCGUUGGAUUGGUGAGCCAGCUGCUGCGGCUGUGCCCCCGCACCACACGUCGGCUGGCGGCGCACAUAUGGCACCGGGUGGAGCACAGGCUGCGGCAACAGGUUCUUCAGGUCGCGGAAGCACAUGCAGCAGCGGCGGCAAGGGCUGCAGCAGGACGGCUAACAGCUACCCAGCAGCAGUCGCGGCAGAACCCCGCGGGGGCGAAAGUGCAUGCGGCGACGGAAGCUGCUGCUGGAGCAGGGGCCGUCAGCGAGGGCGCCAGGGCUGCUUCGUACACUGCUGGCUUGGCUUCCUGCUGCCGCGCCACAGCGGCAGCGCGAGUGAUGGAGAUGGAGCCGGUUGCAGAGCUGGCGCCAGCCCACGCUGACCACGAGGAUGGUGCCAUGGGAGCCACCACCAGCCGUGCGCCGUCACAGCCCGCCGCGCACCUUAACAAGCCCGGCUCCUGUUCCGCGGCCCUGCUGGCGCCGCAGCAGCGAGUGCUGCCGCUGGUGCCGACGCGCGUGUAUGCGGUGGCGGCCGUGUGGGUCGCGGCCAAGGUCAUGGAGACGCGUGAGGAGUUGCCCAGCAUGACGACGCUGGCGGCCAUUGCGCGCAGCAGCCCCGGGGUGCUGUCGGAGGCUGAGCUGCGCAUCCUGCAGUGGUGCGACUGGGCGCCCAUGGCGGGCUUUGAGCCCGUUGUCUGAAGUCCCGGGCGCCACUGCUUAUGGUGGCGGGUCUGAGUUCUGGGUUACCAUACAUAAUGAGUCGGUGUCAUGGUUGCCAAGGGGGUGGGAAACACGAAGGGGAGGGACCCUGGAAAGUACUGGUCAUUUUGCUUACUAAGGCUGGGGAAUGUACUGUCGAUUGGCGUCGUCCAUGGCAGCGCACUAAUAGGUUUGGUAUGUGGGCUAAGCCCAUGACGAACUGCGCAGAAGGCCGGCGAGCGCCCAUGAGUGCUCAAAAGCCAAGAUGGUGGGAUAUGCAUUGGGGAUUCAAGUGUAGUAGCGCGUGCGUGGCGGUUCCUCCUGCAGUCCAUGCAUGAAGCCCGCAUGGCCGCAUGGCAAAACAGUGCAUGCACGGUUCUAGAGAAGGAUCGACCCGGAGGACUACUGCCUUGCUAUAGAACUACACGACAGGGCCUGACGACUAUGGAACAUACAGCAGUGCCCUGUCUUACUUUUAUCGCGGCAGGGGGAGCUGCGAAUGCAGUGCGCGCACCACAACCUGCAGCGAUGGUCCCUGAUCUCGAGCACAUGAAGUAAGCACUGAAGGAACUGAAUGGGAUAGCUUGGGAUGCGGGGGCAGGGGUGCGGAGGGGCGCUGUGUGUCAAGAACAAUGUCAUCCGCAUUGAGGGUGAGCGAGAGCAAUGCUUGGAGCACUGGCGUUCGUGUGACUGCAUUUGCUAUUUUGCUGCAUGCUGUGUACAUAGUUGUUGAAGCCAGCGCGACACGCUGCUGUUGCACGCCUUGAUCGAUGUGCGGUACUGCUUAGCUUGCAUAUGGCUGCGGCUGGAGUGACCUGCUGACGCUGAGUAGGGGCAUGCGGCAUGCAGCUUUCAACCAUCAUGGACUCCCCGCCGCGCCACAAAGUAUGGGCUUAACGAAGAUGAUUUUACUAAACGAAUGCGCACAAUGCCAGAGGAGGCUGGCAGAGCUAGCAGGCAGCACAGGGGACAUUAGCGCAAAAUGCGGGGGACUGACGGGGGUACGUAACAUGCCGGUUUGCACGCUUUGAACCGGCCAUGUGACCGGCUGCAGUAAUUAGGACAGCUGCGUUUCCUCGCUUGUUGUACAUACGGAGAACCGCAUAUCGUAGGAGGCGGGCUGUUGUGGGCAUCACUGGGUCCUGCGCAUCCUGCAGUGGUGCGACUGGGCGCCCAUGGCGGGCUUUGAGCCCGUUGUCUGAAGUCCCGGGCGCCACUGCUUAUGGUGGCGGGUCUGAGUUCUGGGUUACCAUACAUGGCCGGCUCUAAAAGCAAGCUGGGAAGCAGGCGGUUAUUCAUGGCGGCGAGGCUGUACACUGACUGACUGAGACCGAGCGUAUGCACGCUUACGAUAUACCUGUGGGCGGACGCAUGGCAGUUUGCGCGGGGCUUAGAAAGGCUUUGCUCUCCUGCGUCGGGGCCUUAACCCAGGCUUGCGGGCGUGUAAGUUGCAAGCAGU